GGGUAAGCUUUUGCAGUGCACGAAUCCGCCGUCUCUGACCACCUGCUCGCCGUCGAAUACACCAAAAUCGUUUAGAUAUAUCUCCUCCAGCGUUUUACAAAAAGAAAAAAAGCCGCCUUCUUGAUGAUUCUCUCUAAUGGCGGACAAUCCUUCUUCCUCAGCCUGACAGUGCACUCGUAGCUUUACCAAACUCCAUGGCCGCGAUUUGUCAGCGGAACAGAAGAAACUUUUUCCUGCCCCAGCUCAAAAUCCUUAUUUCUACUACUACCACUACUACUCAUCAGAAGUUCAAUCAAACAUUGGCUGGGGGUGGUAUUCAGCUCGAAUCCAAAUCCGAGCAGGGGCAAAUUGAAUUUACAAAAUGGAGGAAGUUGGACGCAAGGAGCUUUGGGAUAACUGGAUCUGUAAUACCAUUAUCUCCGUGGUUGGUUAUGAGGCGCCUUAGAGCGAAAGGGUUUGAAGCUUACUUAGUUGGUGGAUGUGUUAGGGAUUUAAUACUUCACAGAAUACCAAAAGAUUUUGAUGUGAUUACAACAGCAGGGCUUCAUCAGAUAAAAAAGCAGUUUAAUCGUGCUAUUAUUGUGGGACGGCGAUUUCCAAUUUGCAUGGUUUCUAUAAGAGAUACUGUCGUGGAGGUAUCCAGUUUUGACACUGGGUCAGAGCAAGUUGGAGAAAAUAAUAAUUACUCAGUUCCUAGAAUGCCAAGGCAAUAUGACGAGAAGGAUAUAUUUCGGUGGAGGAAUUCCAUGCAUAGAGACUUUACUAUAAACAGCUUGUUUUAUGAUCCCUUUAAAAAUAUAAUCUAUGAUUAUGCAAAUGCAAUGGCGGAUCUAAAGUCCUUAAAGCUACAGACAUUGAUACCCGCUCACUCAUCUUUCGAAGAAGAUUCUGCUCGAAUAUUGCGGGGCAUGAGGUUUGCAGCUCGUCUUAACUUUACAUUUUCAGAGGAAAUUGACACUGCUAUACGGAAACUCUCUCAAUCCAUCCAGAAUAUAAACACGUCCAGAUUAAUGGGUGAAGUUAGUUAUAUGCUUUCAUAUGGAGCUGCAGUGCCCUCUCUCAAUUUGCUCCAGAGAUAUAACUUGCUUCAGGUUCUGCUACCAUUUCAUGCAGCAUACCUUGCUCAACAGGCCAUCAAACAAUCCAGUGAAACUAUACAAAUGCUGAUGAAACUAUUUUCCAGUUUAGAUAAACUGGUAUCCUGCAAUAGGCCUACUCAUGAUAGCGUGUGGGUUGCAAUCCUGGCAUUUCACCUGACGUUAGUCAACAAUCCCCAGGACAUGCUAGUGGUUCUGACUUUUGCCUCGGUGUUGUAUCAUGGAAAGUGGGAAAGUGGGGUUGAAUUUGCAAAACGACAUGUUAAAGCAGCAAUUUCAUAUUUACCCGAAAUUUCAGAUUCUGAUGGCGGCUUCAUAUUAGAAGAUGCCGUGCUUGGUGAAAGAGUUAAAAAUUUGGCAGUACAAGUGCAAACUUCUGCACAUAUGUUGAUUGAUGCAAACAGCCUCCAUGAAAUGACAUCCAAGCUCUCAGGUGCUACAUCAUCCUGUUUGGUAUUUAUAUCCAAGAACAUGGUGAAGAAUGCCGUGGCGUUUCUUGACAUUUUGGUGAAUGAUGUCACAUCUCUGAACACUCAGAGAGAAAGCCUACAAAUAGACUACAGAUCACUCGUUAAAGGACACGCCCGUGAGACAAGGUGUGUCCUAGGCGCAAUAAUCUUGGACACUUUGGGUUUAGGGGACAGUUUGGCCGUGAUGAGAACAAACAGAAACAGAAAUGAGUGUCCUGAAAUGGUUGACAAGAAGAGGGCAGAAAAUUCCGAGAUGAGGCAAAGGGACCAUAAAAUGUCCAUGCCUCGAGAGAAGUUGCAGGGAAAAGAUACAAUCAGGAAAGAAAUAGCAGGCGAAGAUAGGGUAAGUCAACAUGUUUUUAGAAACACAAUAAGCCGUAAAAGAUAUGGGGACAAAGAUGAAGAUCUUGGUGAGGCGCGAGGAAGAAGAAAGCGAGAUUUGGACAGUCAUAUUUUGGGAUCAAGUGGUAAGGUUGAAGAGAAGGUGACCCUUUACAGUCUAUUCAAGUGAAUCUAAGCCGAGUCAUGUUACAGUCACACCACACGCCACAUAGACACCAAGGUUGUCAACCGGACAACGAGUGAACUAUCCGUGAUUGUCUUUGAUGGUGUCAACUUUGGUGUCAUCUUUCCUAAAGUAUCCCUUUCUAUCUAAGUUUAGUUAUUUUAUGUUCAAGUCAUGCUCACAAGAGUAACCCAAAGAGCUCUAGUGCUAUGAAAUAGGCUUAUUUGCAAUUUUUUUCCCUCUAAACUAUUUUUGACCCUUUAGUUGUUUGUAGUCAAAUUUGAAUUUAUUUGUUUUGAUGAUGUUUUAUUUCUUUGGAGAUUGAUGGAAUAUAUGAGAAUGCAUUUU